AUGCGGAGAAGAGGACGAUGGGAACAUCCGUCGACGUUUACUCGCUUUGUUUCAAUUGGACGUGUCGUGCUCAUUAACUACGGCCCGGACGCGGGCAAGAUUGCUACAAUCAUUGAUGUUGUCGAUGAGAACAAGGCUCUUGUUGAUGGACCUUUUAGUGUCACAGGCGUGAACCGUCACGUGAUUAACUUUAAACGUCUCUCACUUACGGAUCUGACGGUGGACAUUCCUCUUCAGGCACGUGAAAAGACGCUGAAGAAGGCACUGGCCAAGGCCGAUACGCUUGCCAAGUGGGAAAACUCGACGUGGGCCAAGAAAAUGCAGAAUAAGAAGACGCGUGCGGAGCUCAACGACUUUGACCGCUUCAAGGCCAUGAUUGUCCGUAAGCAAAAGAGCUCUUUGAUCAAGAAAGCUGUUGCUGCUGCCCGCAAGAACUAA